GGACAUUAAGAAAAGAGUGACAUACAGAGCGCUUUCUCUAAUCUUUUUGGUGCUUUUUCUGCAAAAUUGUGUUUGAUAAGCUUCCUUCUUUAAUCUUCUCCCCCCCCCCCAUAUCUCUGAUUCCCCCCGCUUCUCUGAAUCCCUUUCUGUCAUCGUCUGUCUUUCAAGAAAUUUUUUGGGGUUUGUUUUCUUGGGUUGGAACUGAAAAAUAUUUGUGAAAACAUAAAGAGAAUCAAACCCAGAAGGGUGUUUUUGAAAGCCAGGUGUUUCAGAAUAGAGAUCCAGGAUUUUCUAGCUUUUCUUCUUCUCAACUAAGAGGGUUUGUUUUUCUGUCCCUCGGGGUUGGUUUUAUUAAGGUCACUUUAUCUUUCUUUCUUUUAUCUGGGUAUUUCUUGCUUUUCUGUAGAAUAAUUACCUGUUCUUUGGUUUUGGUAAGAAACAGGCUGAUUUUAAAAGGAACUGAACUCCUUUUUUUUUUAUUUCCCUUACAAAUUUUAAGUAUUUUGAUCUUUUUUGCUUGUGUUUUCUUGAGAAGAGAUGGCAGCAGCUAUAGAUAUUUACAAUAGCAGCUUAACAUCAAUUUUCUCGGAUCCUUCAGGAGAAGAAGAGUUAAUGAAUGCACUACAACCCUUUAUGAAAAGUGAUUCGCUAACCUCGUCUUCUUUUUUUUCUCCACCUUCUCCCUCUCCUUCUUCUUCUUCUUCUUUUACAUCUUACCCUUCUUGCUCUUACUCUACAAUCUCUCCCUCUCAGCCCAACUCGUACCCUGAAUUUUGCUCCCCAUCGAGCACCCACAUGUUUUCUCAUGGGUUCUCGAGCCAUAACCAAAUGGGUCUUGAGCAAGCAGGGUCGAUAGGGCUCCAUCACCUCACCCCCUCUCAAAUUCUUCAAAUCCAAGCCGAAAUUCUACUCCGACAGCAACAGCAACAGCAACAGCAGCAAAUCGCUGCCAUGGCUUCAGCUUCACUCCAAAACCAGAGGCUAAGCCAAUGGCAGCACCAAAACCAGCGCGCCCUCGACUUCCUGAGCCCCAAAGCCAUUCCAAUGAAACAUGUAGGCACUCCUCCAAAGCCCACAAAGCUCUACCGAGGAGUGAGACAGAGACAUUGGGGCAAAUGGGUUGCUGAGAUCAGACUCCCCAAGAACCGAACCCGCCUCUGGCUCGGCACUUUCGAUACCGCCGAAGAAGCAGCUUUGGCUUACGAUAAGGCAGCCUAUAAGCUCAGGGGAGAUUUUGCCAGGCUCAAUUUCCCUCAUCUCAAGCAUCAAGGAGCUCAUAUCUCAGGCGAAUUCGGUGACUACAAGCCCCUCCAUUCCUCAGUGGACGCGAAGCUCCAAGCAAUUUGCCAGAGCUUGGCGAAUUCGCAGAAACAGGGGAAAACAGAGGAGCCCUGUUUUGUUACUGAUACAAAGCCAUCCAUUUCAGCUUCUUUGGAUGCGAAUUCGGUCCUUGAUAAUUCACCGAAAGUCGAAUUGAAUAGUGAAAUCGGGUUUUCUGGAUCGGAGGACUGUAAGGUGGAGAAUUCAUCGUCGUCGAUGUCUCCUACAUUGUCCGAUGAAUCAUCGUCGUUGGCGGGCUCUUCUUCGCCAGAAUCCGAUAUUACAAUCUUCGAUUUCUCAGAUUCGCAGUGUGAUGAGACUCAGAAUUUUGGGUUGGAGAAGUACCCUUCAGUGGAGAUUGAUUGGGCAGCUAUAUUUAAGUCUUAGUCACUUGUUUUGGCUGGGUUCUUUGUUUCUCUUUGUAAUUCUAGGUUCAGUUUGGCGUCUCCAGCAGCUACUGCAAUGAAAUUUUUGACAGUUGCAGAGGUGUUGGUCGUUUUAAUUAGGUGUCAGUCAGUUAAAGUGUUUAUGCAUAUUUAGGGUAUUGGAUUAGUGGGUCAGAUGUUCAUGGGUAUUAGCUGUAUUUUCAUGCUUCUCCACCUUGGUCCUGCUGGUAUUUUUUUUCCUUGCAUGGCCAUGGAGAAGAUUAAGGUUAUGUUAUUGUCUUCGUUGUAAUUUCCAGCCGUGUAAUUAAAGUCUUGUCUUUUGACUAUAAUAUGAAAUGUACUCUCUGUAUUCUGUGUAAA